GUCAACACUCUGAAGUCAGCCCCCUUGCUUUUGCCAAGACCUGCCUCUGCACAGCCCCGAGUGGACAGCUGGAGGCUGCAGCUGGAGGCCUGGGCCCCGAUGGAGCCCCGGCUGGGGCCUGGGGCUGCUGCCCCCCGCCUGGGCUGGCCGGCUCAGCUGCUCUGGGUCUCAGCCCUGAGCUCUGCUGUCUCCUCGCCGGCUCCUCCUUCUCCUAGAACCAGCUACAAUUUGGGAAGAUCUGUCCUCGGCCUUGAUAAAUGCAAUGCCUGCAUUGGAACAUCUAUUUGCAAGAAGUUUUUUAAAGAAGAAAUAAGGUUUGACAGCUGGCUGGCCACCCACGUCGAACUGCCUCUGGGCUACUUGCCUUCUUACCCUGCAAAUUACUCAGAUGAUUCCAAAACCUGGCGCCCUGUGGAGAUAUCGAGGCUGGUCAGCACACAGCAGCAUGAAAUCUCAGACAGGAGAAUCUGCGCCUCUGCGGCAGCCCCAAAGACCUGCAGCAUCGAGCGUGUCCUAAGGAAAACAGGAAGGUUCCAGAAAUGGCUGCAGGCCAAGCGCCUCACCCCGGACCUGGUGCAGGGCCUGCCCAGCCCUCUCCUGCGCUGCCCAUCACAGCGCCUCCUGGACCGCGUGGUCCGGCGCUACGCCGAGGUGGCCGACGCGGGCAGCAUCUUCAUGGACCACUUCACGGACCGCGACAAGCUGCGCCUGCUCUACACACUGGCUGUCAAUGCGCACCCCAUCCUCCUACAGAUCUUCCCUGGAGCUGAGGGAUGGCCGCUGCCCAAGUACCUGGGCUCCUGCGGCCGAUUCCUGGUCAGCACCAGCACCAGCCCGCUGCAGGAAUUCUACGCUGCGCCCCCAGACCAGGCAGCCGACCUGGCCCAUCAGCUCCUCAGGAUCCUGGAGUCCCUGCGGAGUAACGAUCUGAACUACUUCCUCUACUUCACCCAUGUGGAUGCCUCCAUGUUUGGCAUCUUUAACAACGGGCAUCUGUUCAUCCGGGAUGCCAGUGCCCUGGGCGUCAUCGACAGGCAGGAAGGCAGCCCAGCAGCCGCCAGGGCAGCAGAGAAUCAAGACAUCUUCAGCUGCCUGGGGGCUGGCUGCCAGGCCGGGCUGCCCCCCUGUGACGCGGUCCCCGAGAAGCAGAGCGUGGUGCUGGUGUGUCGGCAGGUCCUGCCUCAGCUUCUCCAGGGGAAGUUCCCCUCUGCCGUGCAGGAGCAGAUAGACGUCCUCCUGGCUAAGUGUGGGGAGGGCGCCCGCCCAGACCCCGAAGUCCUGGAGGCCGCUAGCCAGCUGAAGAGCAUCUUGAGACCCCUGAGGACAUGUGACCCCAGAUUUGCCUACCGCUACCCAGACUGCAGGUAUAAUGACAAGUUCUGAGGGGCUGGAGCCUGGCUGGCCUCCAGGGACCACAUCCUCCGCUCUCCGUUCCCCGGUUGGAUUGGUGCAAGUUGGAAAGGAAAAGCUGUUUCAGGCAUGAAGAGAAAUGCACAUUCAUUUCCCAGGCGCUGAGGAACAUUCCAACCAUCUGCAGCACUGACAUUGGCCUCGUUGGCUGCAACAUCACAAAAGAACCAGGGCUGGGCAUCAGAAGAUCCAGGGGUGGCCCUCGCCAGUUUGGCUCGUUGGAUAGAGCGUCGGCCUGUGGACCGAAGGGUCCCGGGUUCAAUUCCGGUCAAAGGCAUGUACCUUGGUUGCAGGCUCCUCCCCAGCCUGGGCCUGGUCAGGGCACAUGCAGGAGGCAACCAAUCGAUGUGUUUCUCUCACAUCGAUGUUUCUCUCUGUCGCUCCCUCUCUCUCCCACUCUCCCUAAAAAGCAAUGGAAAAACAUCCUCGGGUGAGGAUUAAGAAAAAAGAAAAAGAUUCAGGUGUGGCCACCCCUUCACCCUCUGAACCUGUUCCUCUGCGCUCCCUCCCUCAGGCCAGGUGGCUAUACAGCGCGUUCAGAAGCACACAGGCGGGAGAAUGACACAGACAGUGAGGUCCAGAGGCUGGUGUGGAGAGAGAGGCCCCUGGCCAGUAGCAUGUUAGGUUACACUCAGACAAAAGGGGCCGGUUCCUGCUCCCCAUGGCCCUGAGCUAGCCCUUCUGUCACUCCCUGUCCCCCCAAACACACACACACACCACCUCAGGGUAAGAAGACUACAGGCGGAAUAUAAUGAACAGCAUAAACUGAUGAACAAAAAUAGAUCCAGAGACACAGAAGCAUCGAACAGACCAACAAACCUCAGAG